GUCUGAAUGCAUGUGUUCGAAGAAGAGUCCGAUGAAUCGGAAACUCUGAUUCACUUUCUUGGGCUGAUUCUGCAAUGAUAGUGGACACUCCACACAGCAUUACGACAACAGGGUCUCUCUCCUACUUCAACUCCACCAAUCGGUGGUACGAUUAAUGGACGGACGACAGGAAACGAUCAAGAACCCUCGAAUCGAAAGAUCAAAGACGAAUUCGGUUGUCUUGUCGUUGUCGUCCUCUCUUGGUCUACGUGAGCAAUGACGAUAUGUCAGACUAUUACGAACGAACACGACGAUACCUGUGUGCAUAUAUAAAGAACAAAGAUUCGCGCUCGCUUGACUUGUCUUCCUUCCUUGGUUUCCGAGCUUGCUCCCGCCGCUGCGGAAACCGGAGAGGAGGAGAUUUCGAUUCUUCUUCUCCUUCUCUUUCAGCAACUGUGCAAUACUGCAAUUUUCUCUGUUUCCUGUUUUUAUUGUUUCACCUGUUCCCGGGAGCUUCGGGUUUCGUGAGGUGUUGUCUAAUUUGUUUUACUUUGAUCUACGUGGACGCUGAGUCAUUUGAUUAGAGGGUUCGAAACCUUGCCUCCCUGACCGACUGCUUCAGAGUCUUCAGAACAACAUCCCAUUAGCCGUUAGAAAUUACUACUCUUGGAGCAAGAGCAAGGGAAAAAAAAAGGAGCAUCUAGAAAAUUUGAGGGUGUGAAGGGCAAAGAGAUAAAGAAGUAUGGAGGAUCUCUGGACUGUUUUCUGUGGGAAAUCCAAUUGCUCAUAUGGUGGUGGAAAACCUUGCAGUUCUCUUUUGGUGUCCAUCUUCCAUCCUUCAUCAUGUAUCAACCACAUCUUGGUCAUUCUUGUUGAUAUUGUGCUUCUGUUAUUGUUCCUAUUUAACUUUGUUUGCAAGACAUUGCCAAGAUCAAUUCAUCCUUCCACCCGCUUUCAAGGCAUUCACUCUUUACAGAUAUCUUCCACAAUUUUCAAUGGUGGAUUGGGAUUAGUUUACCUGAGUUACGGGGUCUGGAGCUUAGAAGAGACAUUGAGAAAUGCACAUACUAUUUUACCUCCGCAUCCAUGGCUAGUGGUGUUAUUUCAUGGAUUCACAUGGUUGCUACUGUGUUUAACCAUGAGUUUUAAGGGAACACAACUUCCACAGGCCUUUUUGAGGCUCUGGUCCAUAAUUGCUUCCUUUCUGGCAGGAUUUCUAACUGUUUCGUCUCUAGUUGUUGCAAUUGUAGGCAAAGAAGUAUCUGUUAAAACAUUGCUAGAUGUAUUAUCCUUUCCAGGGGCAAUUCUGUUUCUGCUAUGUGCUUAUAAAGGUUAUGACUAUGGGGAAGCUGUUCAAAUGGACAGCAUGGAUUCUCUAUAUGAACCCUUGAAUGAUGAAAACAAAGGCAUUAGUAAAUUUGAUUCCUGUGGCAAUGUGACUCCCUUUUCCAAAGCUGGAUUUUUCAGUAGGAUGUCAUUUUGGUGGUUGAAUCCCUUGAUGAAGAAAGGUAAGGAGAAAACACUUCAAGAUAAAGACAUACCUCAAUUGCGUGAGUUAGAUAGAGCAGAAACAGGUUAUUUGAUCUUCUUGGAACAAUUGAACAAACAAAAACAAAGUAGACCAUGUACUCCACCUUCAAUUUUGUGGGCGAUAGUGUAUUGCCAAUGGAGAGAGAUUUUAAUUUCUGGGUUCUUUGCAUUGUUAAAAGUACUUACCUUGUCUGCUGGUCCUCUGCUUCUUAAUGCUUUCAUCGAGGUUGCUGAAGGAAAAGCAGCCUUCAAAUAUGAGGGCUAUAUAUUGGCAGCAUUACUAUUCUUUGCAAAAUGCUUAGAGUCCUUAUCCCAGAGGCAAUGGUACUUCCGUACAAGAUUAAUAGGCCUUCAAAUAAGGUCUUUGCUUUCAGCAGCUAUUUACAGAAAGCAACUGAAACUCUCAAAUGCAGAGAAAAUAAUGCAUUCAUCCGGAGAGAUCACAAAUUAUGUCACUGUAGAUGCUUAUAGGAUAGGUGAAUUCCCAUUUUGGUUCCAUCAGACAUGGACAACAAGCCUUCAGCUGUGCAUUGCAUUAGUGAUUCUUUUCCGUGCUGUCGGACUUGCAACAAUUGCAGCCAUGAUUGUAAUAGUACUUACCGUGCUUUGCAAUGCUCCCCUGGCUAAACUGCAGCACAAGUUCCAGUCUAAGCUCAUGGUGGCACAAGAUGAGAGGAUGAAACUUAGUUCUGAAGCUCUUGUUAACAUGAAAGUAUUGAAACUUUAUGCAUGGGAGACCCACUUCAAGAAUGCAAUAGAAAGUUUGAGGAAGGAGGAAAUUAAAUGGCUAUCAGCAGUUCAACUGCGAAAAGCAUAUAAUACCUUUCUCUUUUGGUCAUCUCCUGUAUUGGUCUCGGCUGCUACUUUUGGAACAUGCUAUCUCCUUGGAACUCCUCUCUAUGCUAGUAAUGUUUUUACAUUUAUAGCAACUUUACGGCUUGUUCAGGACCCUGUUAGAACAAUCCCUGAUGUUAUUGGAGUUGUCAUUCAAGCAAAGGUUGCAUUUGAACGGAUUAUGAAGUUUCUUGAGGCACCUGAGCUACAUAGUGGAAAUGCCAGAAAGAAGUGCAAUGUGGAGGAGCUUGAGUACUCAAUUUUUGUCAAGGUGACCAAUCUUUCAUGGGAAGAGAAUCUAUUGAAGCCCACACUAACAAACAUUAAUUUAAAGGUUAAACCUGGUGAAAAAGUGGCUAUAUGUGGAGAAGUUGGCUCAGGAAAAUCUACCCUUCUAGCAGCAAUUCUUGGAGAGGUUCCCAGUAUUGAGGGCACAAUUCAAGCUUAUGGAAAGAUUGCAUAUGUCUCUCAGAAUGCAUGGAUCCAAACAGGAACAAUACAAGAAAACAUCUUAUUUGGGUCCAUCAUGGAUAGGAAAAGAUACCAAGAAGUACUUGAGAAAUGUUCCUUGGUAAAGGACCUUGAGUUGCUACCCUUUGGUGAUCUCACUGAAAUAGGACAAAGAGGAGUUAAUCUAAGUGGUGGUCAGAAGCAACGUAUUCAACUUGCUCGUGCAUUGUAUCAUGAUGCUGAUAUUUAUCUCUUGGAUGAUCCAUUCAGUGCUGUUGAUGCACAUACUGCCACUAGCCUGUUUAAUGAAUAUGUAAUGGGAGCUCUGUCAGGGAAAACUGUCUUACUUGUGACCCACCAAGUUGAUUUUCUCCCUGCAUUUGAAUCUGUUUUGUUAAUGUCAGAUGGGAAAAUACUACAUGCUGCACCUUAUGACCAGUUAUUAGCCUGUAGUCAAGAAUUUCGGGGCCUUGUAAAUGCACACAAGGAAACUGCUGGUUCUGAAAGGCUAACUGGGGUUCUUUCUCCCCGGAGACAUGAAAUCUCUGCUAAAGAUAUUAAGAAGUCUCAUACAAAGAAACAGUUCAAAGAACCAGUAGGAGAUCAGUUGAUUAAGCAAGAAGAGAGAGAAGCAGGAGAUACGGGCUUUAAGCCUUACAUAAUGUAUCUAAAUCAGAACAAGGGAUUCUUUUACUUCUCCUUCGCAGGUCUCCUUCACCUUGCAUUUGUGACUGGACAGAUAUUACAGAACUCAUGGAUGGCUGCUAACGUUCAGAACCCUCAUGUUAGCAGAUUGCAGCUAAUAUUAGUGUACUUGGCGAUUGGAUUUGCCUCGGCAUUCGUUUUGCUUAUUAGAUCUCUUUCUGUUGUUGUUUUGGGUAUCCAGUCGUCUAAGUCCUUGUUUUCUCAGCUACUGAAUUCCCUUUUCCGUGCACCCAUGUCCUUUUAUGACUCUACACCUCUGGGAAGGAUAUUGAGUCGGGUUGCUUCUGAUUUGAGUAUCGUUGACCUUGAUGUACCAUUCAGUUUAGUCUUUUCACUUGCGUCUACUAUAAAUUCAUAUGCCAAUCUAGGAGUGCUGGCUGUUGUUACCUGGCAAGUCCUGUUUGUCUCUAUACCAAUGGUUUAUCUGACAAUACGCCUACAGAGAUACUACUAUGCUUCUGCGAAAGAAUUAAUGCGAAUAAAUGGCACAACCAAGUCUUUGGUAGCGAACCAUCUAGCAGAAUCCAUAGCAGGAGCUAUGACAAUCAGAGCUUUUGAGGAGGAAGAACGUUUUUUUUCCAAGAAUCUGGACCUCAUUGACAUAAAUGCCAGUCCAUUCUUUCACAACUUUUCAGCAAAUGAGUGGUUGAUUCAGCGUUUAGAAACACUGAGUGCCACUGUCCUUUCUGCCUCAGCACUUGCCAUGGUUUUGCUUCCUCCGGGAACUUUUGGCUCUGGAUUUAUUGGAAUGGCACUAUCUUAUGGUCUCUCAAUGAACAUGGCCCUUGUUUUCUCCAUUCAAAAUCAGUGCAUACUGUCAAAUUACAUAAUUUCUGUAGAGAGACUAGACCAGUACAUGCACAUUCCCAGUGAAGCACCUGAAAUCAUAGAAGAAAACCAGCCCCCACACAAUUGGCCUGCUGUUGGUAGAGUGGAGAUCUGUGACCUGAAGAUAAGAUAUAGGCCAGAUUCUCCACUUGUUCUUCAUGGGAUCAGUUGCACUUUUGAAGGUGGGGAUAAAAUUGGAAUCGUUGGCAGGACUGGCAGUGGGAAGACAACUCUAAUUGGUGCUCUGUUUCGUCUCGUAGAACCAGCAGGAGGAAAAAUCGUUAUUGAUGACAUCGACAUCUCCACCAUUGGGCUUCAUGAUCUGAGAUCACGUUUUGGGAUAAUACCUCAGGAUCCUACUCUUUUUAAUGGAACUGUUAGAUAUAAUUUGGAUCCUCUAUCACAACAUACUGAUCAGGAAAUAUGGGAGGUUCUCAGAAAAUGUCAGCUUCGAGAAGCUGUUCUAGAGAAAGAAGGUGGUCUGGAUUCAUUGGUUGUAGAAGAUGGAUCAAACUGGAGCAUGGGACAGCGACAGUUAUUUUGUUUGGGCCGUGCUCUGUUAAGGAGAAGCAGGAUACUGGUUCUUGAUGAAGCCACUGCAUCAAUAGACAAUGCAACAGACACCAUUCUCCAGAAAACAAUAAGGACUGAAUUUGCAAAUUGCACCGUUAUAACGGUGGCUCACAGGAUACCCACAGUGAUGAAUUCCACAAUGGUGCUUGCUAUCAGUGAUGGAAAAAUAGUGGAGUUUGAUGAGCCAAAGAAGUUGAUGGAAAGAGAAGGCUCCUUGUUUGGGCAGCUUGUCAAAGAGUAUUGGUCUCAGAUCUACUGUGCUGCUUUGACUUGAAGCUGUAUUUCUGACAAGAAAAGCUUGCAAGGGACUGGUCCCAGAGAAAACAAAUGAAGGGGAACUACCUGGAAUUUUUCUUGAUGUAUAAUAUAUCAUCUAAAAUGCAAAAUCAGUUAGGUUGACAAGGAUGAGGAUGUAAAUUCAAGUGUGAGUGAAGCCACUUUUUAAGAGAGAGAGAGAGAGAGAGAGAGAGAGAGAGGUAAUGAUCUCAGGUUGUAAAAUGUUAGAGCCGGAUAAAUAGGGUUACUUUAAUCUUCUCUUAUCUAAAAUGAAAAAUCAGUUAGGUUGACAAGCAUGAGGAUGUAAAUUCAAGUGUGAGUGAAGCCACUUUUUAAGAGAGAGAGAGCGAGGUAAUGAUCUCAGGUUGUAAAAUGUUAGAGCCGGAUAAAUAGGGUUACUUUAAUCUUCUCUUAUUUAUUAAGUUGUUUUUUGCCUCUUUGUCUUA